UGUGCUCACUCGAACAUUCUACAAUCUUAGGUCAGGUACAGCUGACACUAGUAAGCCGGUGUUGAUCUGUGUGUGAAAGCAGGUGGUAUUCGUUGCCAUCCCUGAAAUUUGAUCUACCAUUUUCUGAUCGAGCAGAACGAUCAUGGCGUUGAAUAAGCUCAGCAUCGAUAAAGUCGAUCUCAAAGGCAAGAGGAUAUUUAUGAGGGUAGACUUCAAUGUGCCUAUGAAAGAUGGGGCAAUAACCAACAACCAGAGGAUUGUUGCUGCCCUAGAUUCUGUGAAGUAUGCCUUGGAACAAGGGGCCAAGAGUGUGGUCCUGGGAUCACACCUUGGGAGACCUGAUGGCAAUCCUAACCCAAAGUACACACUGAAGCCUGUAGCUGCUGAGCUGGAGAAGCUGUUAGGCAAGCCUGUGCUAUUCCUAUCUGACUGCGUUGGUGCGGAGGUGGAGGCGGCCUGUGCAGACCCUGCCCCGGGCUCUAUCAUCUUGCUUGAGAAUCUCCGCUACCAUGUAGAGGAGGAGGGCAAGGGCGUGGAUGCCUCUGGCAACAAAGUGAAGGCCGACCCGGCGAAGGUGUCUGAGUUCCGAGCGUCGUUGCGGCGUCUGGGCGACGUGUACGUCAACGACGCUUUUGGCACGGCCCACCGCGCACACAGCUCCAUGCUGGGCGAGGGCUACGACACGCGCGCCUCCGGAUUCCUGCUCAAGAAGGAGCUCACCUAUUUCGCUAAGGCCCUUGACCACCCCGUCAGGCCUUUCCUUGCCAUCUUGGGCGGAGCUAAAGUGAAAGACAAGAUCCAGCUGAUCGAGAACUUGCUGGACCAGGUCAACGAGAUGAUGAUUGUGGGCGGUAUGGCCUUCACCUUCCUCAAGGUCAUCGACGGCAUGGAGAUUGGCAAGUCGCUCUUUGACGAGGAAGGCGCGCAAAUAGUCAGGCGCCUCGUGGAAAAGGCCAAGAGCAAGAACGUGCAGAUCCACUUCCCAGUCGACUUCGUCACUGCUGAUAAAUUCCAUGAAGAUGCUAAUACCGGCACGGCGCGCACGGUGGGCGGCGGCAUCCCAGCGGACUGGCAGGGCCUGGAUUGUGGCCCCGAGAGCGUGGCCGCCUUCACGCCCGUCAUCCAGCGCGCCAAGACCAUCGUCUGGAACGGCCCUUGCGGUGUCUUUGAGUUCGAGAAGUUUGCGGGCGGCACCAAGGCGGUCAUGGACCUCGUUGUGGCCGCGACGGCGGCCGGCGCCACGACCAUCAUCGGUGGCGGCGACACGGCCACGUGCUGUGCCAAGUGGGGCACGGAGGAUAAGGUGUCUCACGUGUCCACGGGCGGCGGUGCCUCGCUUGAGUUGCUUGAAGGCAAAGUGCUACCCGGAGUGGCUGCUCUGUCUGAUGCCUAAACCAAGUGCGUUGCUCACACCGCACGUCCGACGAAGUCGUCACCUCCAUAACGAUCGUCACUGUAGUCACCCUUCAUCCGACGUCACGAUGUCUCUGCCCAGCUUCACUAUUAUAAGUCAAACAUUAUACUCAAGUUUCUGUUGAACAAUAUCGUGAAAUGGGCUGGUAGAUUUGCGUACACCAUUUUGUUUUGUGCUGUGAAUUUCUUUGUUUGUAACCUCUAAAUAUUUUAUUCACAUACAUGCGAUAUAGAGGAGGAGCACAUUGUAAACUUUAAGACUCAGUUCAAUUUAAUUUAGAAAAUUUUUUCUUUAAUCGAUUGAGAGGGUGAGUAUAAAAUGUUAAAAUACUGCGAUUAGGGGUACCACAUUCUAAGAAACUUAGAUGAUCCUUUCCUCGUUACUUGGUGCAUUUUCAAACAUUAGUGUGAUUUUUCAAUGCUGUAGAACAAAUUUUAUCACAUCUGCGAUAGGAAAGUGUGAGUUUCUUUAUAAUUAGACGGUAAUAUGUCAACGUUAUUGUUCAGUAGAAAUGGCACAGACCGCGAUGCGUUACAGAAGAAUCGAGAGCUGUCAAAGACAUUCGUUUUGAAGUUCUCGACUUAAGGAACAGUGAUGCAAAAGGUGGCUGCCGGAUGUGUUUGUUUCAGUUUCCUCAAUAUUGUGCACGAUUGUUAAAUUUAAUGGCGAUAUUUUUCUGUAUUGGCUGUUCGACAGUUCCUGAAUACCUACUCAUUCGUAAUUAGAAACCUGCGUUGGUUUGAAAUUUAGAGUUGUUUGAAAUGUUGUGAACUUGUAGUGCUUGAAGAGUUACAUUCGGCGACGUAAGUUAACCUAACUUGAUAGCCCAGAGAAAGAUUUUGUUCAUCACUAAGCUAGUCAUAAAGGAAAAUACGGUUUGUUAUUCCUUCUGAAUAUAAUUCGACUAAACAAGGAUGCUAUAUAUUUUACUAUGUUAUUGUGUUACUCUCAUUAGAUGUAUUUAUUAUUUCAUAACUUCGCUUGGCUAAAAAAUUUCUUCAUCAUCUGAACAAGACUUCUAGAUUUUGUUGUGCUUUUGUUCAGUUGGCUGCUCAGGUCAUAUGUUGAUGGAUUGCAUUUUUAGUUACAGGGAUAAGAAAUUUGCCAUUAGAGGUUGGUUACUUACACUAUUGCCGAGAUUAAAUUGUGAUAAGUUA